AACAGAAAGAGAUACUUUGGACUGACGCAGUAAAGGUUUUCUAAUCUAGAAACGAGUUAAUUUUCAUUUACCACAAAGAAUUUUCCUAAAUGCAGCAUGGCGUAACAGAGAUGUUUUUAUCCAUGAGCUCCAUAAGAGGAUGAAGAAGCUUUUUACCUUUCUUCUCAUCUGUCACAUUGCAUCUCUGGAACCACAUUCCCUCUGGUAUAUCCUCUCUGCCACUACAGGAAUCUCAGAUUUUCCAGAGUUUUUGGCAUCUGCAGUAGUUGAUGGUGUAGUGGUGGGAUAUUGUGAUAACAGCUUGAAGGAUGCAAAACCCAAAACACACUGGAUGAGUAAACUAUUUGAAGAGAAUCCUCAACAUGUGCAGUGGUUGAAUAACAAGUGCUUGUUAAACMGCUUGGACUUUAAAGUGACAAUUAUAACCUUGAAACAGCGCUUCAACCAGUCAGAGGAUGUUCACAUUUUUCAGAGRACAAAUGGAUGCUUUUGGGACGAUGAAACCGGAGAAUUUGAUGGCUUUAAUGAAUACGGYUAUGAUGGUGAMGACCUCAUAAGUUUCGACCUGAAAACCUUGACAUGGAUCAGUCCAAGACAUCAGACUGUCAUYAACAAGCACAACUGGGRCAGUGAUGGAAGUAGUCAGUUUUGGAAGCAUGCUUUGACUGAGGACUGCAUACAUUUUCUUAAGCUGUAUUUGAAUUAUGGGAAAAGUUCCUUACAGACAGCAGUUCGCCCCUCAGCGUCUCUCCUCCAGAAGACUCCCUCCUCUGCAGUCACCUGCCACGCUACAGGUUUCUACCCUGAAAGAGCCACAAUGUUUUGGAGGAAWGAYGGACAGGAACUCCAUGAUGGCGUGGAGAAAGKAGAAAUCCUCCCUAACAAUGAUGGGACCUUCCAGAUGAGUGUUGAUCUCAAUAUUUCUUCAGUCACAGCUGAAGACUGGAGGAGAUAUGACUGCAUUUUUAUGUUCUUGGGUUUGAAKGACAGCAUCACCACCAGGCUGGACAGAACCCUGAUCAGAACAAACCAAGGUUUCUCUUUUAGAAAUCACCUUGGUGUUGCCAUUGGAGUGGUUCUGCUGCUUUUAGCAGCACUGGCCUGCACUUUUCUUUUUGUUGCCUGGAGGAGGAACCACAAUGAUGAGUAGUACUACG